CGGCAACACAAAGUUCUAGUCUUUGAUACGUCGCCGUAUGAGUGACAUGGAUAUGUUUUUUUUUUUGAGAAAAGAGUGACAUGGAUAUGUUGUUGCAGGCUAAACACUUAAUACCAGCUGUGAACGGUUUGCAUUGGCGAAACUCUCGGGAGAUUCAUGAGCUUCUUAACGACAACAAAGACUUCUGCAUUUACUAUCACGAUGGAAAGAAGAUUAAUGUUGAGAAAUUAGCAGGAGCGUUGCCUUUGCACCUCCUAGCAGAGAUCAAGGCUCAUGAUAGAGAUGUAAACUUUGAGUAUAUGUUGUCUGGGAUCAGACUAUUGCAUACCUUGUGCGAGUUAACAUCUCGUCACUCUAAACUUGACCAGGUCUUGCUUGAUGAUCAUGUAUUAUCAGCUAAGAUGCUUGACCUGGUGAUCAAUACGAUGGUAGCUCUUGGCGGUAACAGAAAGGAAAGCUGGAAGUCAGAUAAUGAUUCAUUGGUAGAAGCUACAAUGGUGGCUUCUACUCUUCACUUGUUGCACGGGUUUAUCUCUCCUGAGUUCCAAGAUAUUGUUUUCGUCUUGCUUUCCCACCCUAAGGUUGAUUUGUUUAUAGAAACCGCUUUUGGAGCGGUUCACAAUGUUAUGAGAUCUUUAACAGCGAAGUUGCUGUAUCAGCAAAGUGACCAGCCGAGAAAGUUAGGUGUGAAUCCUUUAGGGGGCGCUAACUUUCACUGCCAACAAGCUGAAGCUGCUUUGCAGUUCCUUCACUCUCUAUGCCAAGAAAAAAUGUUUAGCGAACACGUAGCUAAAAACAAGGAGCUGUGUGGAAAAGGUGGUCUUCUUAUGCUAGCUGAAUCCAUACUCUCACUAGCUGUUUCACCUGGAUUUGUUAGAGAAGCCAGAACAGUAGCUUCCAUGCAUAGAAUAAAAGCAAAAGUCCUUUCACUUUUGCACCAUAUCUUUGAGGCGGAAAAUGUCUCAUUCCUUGACGAGGUUGAACGUGCAGGAAACCUGCAUUUAGCCCAACCUAUUGCUUCAGAGGUCCUUAGAUUAUUGAAGCAUGGCCUUUCUGAAUCUCCCAAUGAUAGUGAUUCUACUGACUAUCCAAUGGGUUUUCUGCGACUUAAUGCUAUGCGCUUGGCUGAUGUGUUCUCGGAUGACUCAAACUUUCGACGUUUUUUUACUGAUCAUUUUAGUAUGAUUCUCAGCGCAGUAUUUUGUCUAUCUCAUGAAGAUUUCGUGUCAAUGUUGUGCUCUUCUACCCUUUCUUCAAGGGAGGAUGAUGCAACACUUGACUACGAACUGUUUAGUUCAGCUGGAUGUGCUUUAAAAGUAUUUUCAUCUUCUGGUAUUUGGAACAUACCUCAAUUCAGGCUUAAUUUCCAAAACAACCUCACCAUGUCUUCCUACGCGCAUCAAAGAACAUCUUUACUUGUUAAAAUCAUGGCGAAUCUUCACUGCUUCUCUCCUGGUAUCUGCACAGAAGAUGACAGGAACCGUUUCAUUAAUAGCUUUGUCAGUGGAUUGCGAAAGGAUCCUGUAAGCAUGAUGAUUCAGUUGCCAAACUCUUCAUAUACUCCGGUGCCACAAAGAGCCACUAGUGUUUGUAGAAACAUAUGUUCUCUGUUGCGUCAUGCAGAAUACUUGAUCGCUAGUACCCUCGAUGUCAAAGAUUUAAUGAUGUUGAGGGUGUUUUGUAAACAGUUGCAACCGUUGAUCCGUUCUGAGUUUGAGCUAAGUCAAGCUAAGGUGAAUGUACUCUCUUAUACAUGGUUGUCACAACUGCCUCAGAGAAAAGAGCCGCUGAAUCUUAACAUUGAGAGAGCUUCAAAGGAACCUAAUGCACGAGUGGAAGGUGCGGCGAGAGACUAUGAAGUGAACGAGAAUAUGGAAAUAGUUCCACGUUUGAAAGAGAGCGACGCAGAUACGAGGAAUCUUGAAACCAGUGGUUUUGAUAGAAGCUCUAAAAGAGAGAAUAGUUUAGUUGAAGAUGGAGAGUUGGCUCAGGCUCUUACUAAGUUGUUUAAAGGGAGUGGAUCUGGAGAGGUGAAGGAGGCUGGGAAGAAAAGGAAGCGUAGUAUUAUGAGUGAUGAUCAAAUGGAGAUGAUGGAGACGGCCAUUGCAGUCGAAUCUGAUAUGCAGCGAGAUUCAGCUUGGAUAAGGAAAUGGGCUGAUAAGUUAAAUCAAAAUGUGAAUUCUCAAGAAUUACUAAUCUUUUAAGUUUUGCAACCAGUACUACCAAUCUCUGAGCUUGUUAACUAUGUG